AACUGGACGUGCGCAUACUUCGGCGGCGACGUCCUCCGGCCCGUGCUCGCGGCAGCCGCGGGGGAGGCUGCCAGCCUGGGCGCGCGCUCGUGGCUGCGCGUCGACCCCGCGGGCACGGACCCGGGCGACUCGGCGUUGCAGUCGGGCUUCUCCAGGUGCAGGACGCUCCAGUCGUCUGGGUUGCCGCUGAAAGACCUCGUCGCCCCGAGCGGCGAGUGGGCCGAGAGGAUCGUCCCCCAGUGGGCAGAAUUCGCGGCCUCGCUGAACAUCUCGGGCGUACUGUGGGCCACGGACGUCUUGGAGGGCGACCUCGACGGCAAGGCGCUCGACGGCGUGGGCGACUUCUUGCGGGCGGCGAGGCCCCUCCUCGAGCGGCACGGCCUGGCCCAGGCCUGGGUCUUCCGCAACGGGAAGGGCUGGGACGCCUCCCUGCGUGGAGAGGUGGCCUUCCCGUACUUCUCCGCCUGGACGGCCGAGGCGCGCGAUUGGCUCCUGCGCUCCGGGGAGGCCCCAGGCGGCAGCGUGGUCUCUUGCUUCACAGGCAUGGACGCUGAUCACGAGGGGGAGCCGUGGAACCAGGACGCCGUCGGCAUGGCUCCGUUGGCCCUCGGCAUCCGCCGGUGGCGCGAGGCGAGGUGCCGGGGCAGCGCCUUCCUCUUCGCGGGCGACGGCGUCAAGUACGCCAGGACGGACUACUACCCGAGCGGGGUGGUCAUGAACCAGACCGAGAUCGAGAAGAUCGUUCGCGAG